AUGCUGAAAGCAUACAUAAGAAAAGGUAUAAAUGAAUAUUAAAAGAAAAGGAACAUCUUUAGUGUUGUUAUAUAGAUAUGAUGAAGCAUUAUAAAAUUUACACUAAUAAUAACCGAUUUAAUAAACUUUGACAAUUGGACUUAAUGGACGAGGUAAAAUGAAAAAUAUAUGUUAGGGUUAUAUUGUUUAUGGUGUAGGGAUGAUUAUUAGAAAGCAUUAGAAUAUCUUGAUAAAGCUUUGGCCAUUAAUCCUUAAUAUAUAUAUUCUUUACAUAACAAAAAUUUUAAUACAUUAGUUAAAGGUGAUUGCUUAUAUAAUAUGGGUCAAUAUGAAUAAGCUAUUGAAUGGUACGAUAAAGCUUUGGCCAUCGAUCCUUAAUAUAUAAAUUCUUUAAAUGGCAAAGGUAAAUUUUAAUACAUUAUCUAAGGUGAUUGCUCAAUGAAAUGA